CUCCUCCUUCUCCUCCUCCUCCUCCUCGUUCCUCCCCGCCCGGGCCCCGCGGACGUGGCCCGCUGCCGCCGGCCGGCACCAGGUGCUGGAUGCCAUCGAGCAGCACUCGUACUUGCGUGGGAAGGAGAAGGAAGGAGGACACGAGAGUAGGAGAUUCUGGAGGGCUGGGACAGGACAAUGCUGCUGGAAGGAAUGUGAGCCACGGAGCAUGGUUGGUGCCACAGCUAUCCAGGUGCUGAGAGCUGUCUGCAAAGGGCUUUGUGGAUGAGGGCAGGAGUUGGCUGGGACUGGAGAGCACAGAGAGUUCCUGACACGCCUCACCAUGCGCAAAGGGGUGCCAAAGGACCCGGAGAUUGCUGAUCUCUUCUACAAGGAUGAUCCUGAGGAAAUCUUCGUGGGCUUGCACGAAAUUGGACAUGGAAGCUUUGGAGCAGUUUACUUUGCUACGAAUUCCCACACUAAUGAGGUGGUGGCAGUCAAGAAGAUGUCCUACAGUGGAAAGCAAACAAAUGAGAAAUGGCAGGAUAUCAUCAAAGAAGUCAAGUUUCUGCAGCAGCUGAAGCACCCCAACACCAUAGAGUACAAGGGCUGUUACCUGAAGGAGCACACAGCAUGGUUGGUUAUGGAGUACUGUUUAGGAUCAGCUUCUGAUUUACUAGAAGUUCACAAGAAGCCACUCCAGGAAGUGGAGAUUGCUGCCAUCACCCACGGUGCCUUGCAGGGGCUGGCCUACCUGCACUCCCACUGUAGGAUCCACAGGGAUAUUAAAGCUGGAAAUAUUCUUCUAACAGAACCAGGUCAAGUGAAACUCGCUGAUUUUGGGUCUGCAUCUAUAGUGUCCCCUGCCAACUCUUUUGUGGGAACGCCUUACUGGAUGGCACCAGAGGUGAUCCUGGCGAUGGACGAGGGGCAGUACGAUGGCAAGGUGGAUGUUUGGUCCCUGGGGAUCACAUGCAUCGAGUUAGCUGAAAGGAAGCCUCCACUUUUCAACAUGAAUGCAAUGAGUGCCUUAUAUCACAUAGCCCAGAACGAUUCCCCUAGGUUACAAUCAAAUGAAUGGACAGACUCCUUUAGGGGAUUUGUUGAUUACUGCUUACAGAAAAUACCUCAGGAAAGGCCAUCAUCAACAGAUUUGUUACGGCACGAUUUUGUCCGCCGGGAGCGGCCGCCCAGGGUGCUCCUCGACCUGAUCCAGAGGACCAAGGAUGCAGUGAGGGAGCUGGACAACCUGCAGUACCGGAAAAUGAAGAAAAUCCUCUUCCAGGAGACCCGGAAUGGCCCCCUGAACGAGUCCCAGGAGGAGGAGGAGGACAGUGAGCAUGGAUCAAACCUGAGUAGGAAGAUGGACAGUCUGGGCAGCAACCAUUCCAUCCCCAGCAUGUCUGUGAGCACAGGCAGCCAGAGCAGCAGUGUGAGCAGCAUGCAGGAGGUCCUGGAUGAGAGCAGCCCUGAGCUGGUCAUGAUGCAUAGUGACGAGAGCACCAUUAAUUCCACCUCCUCCGUUGUUCACAAGAAGGUUACAAGACAGAUCCAUGAGCAUGAGCAGGAGAACGAGCUGCGGGAACAGAUGUCAGGAUAUAAGCGGAUGCGGCGCCAGCACCAGAAGCAGCUGAUCGCCCUGGAGAACAAGUUGAAGGCCGAGAUGGACGAGCACCGCCUCAAGCUGCAGAAGGAGGUGGAGACACACGCCAACAACUCGUCCAUUGAGCUGGAGAAGCUGGCCAAGAAGCAAGUGGCUGUGAUGGAGAAGGAGGCAAAGGCAGCUGCAGCAGAUGAAAAGAGAUUCCAGCAACAGAUUUUGGCUCAGCAAAAGAAAGACCUGGCGACCUUUUUAGAAAGUCAGAAGAAACAAUACAAGCUUUGCAAGGAAAAGAUUAAAGAGGAAAUGAAUGAGGACCACAGCACACCCAAGAAAGAGAAGCAAGAAAGGAUAUCCAAACACAAAGAGAACCUGCAGCACACACAGGCUGAAGAGGAGGCCCAGCUUCUCAGCCAGCAGAGACUCUACUACGACAAAAACUGCCGAUCCUUCAAGAGAAAAACGAUGAUCAAGAGGCACGAGAUGGAGCAGCAGAACAUUCGGGAAGAGCUGAACAAGAAGCGGACACAGAAGGAGAUGGAGCACGCCAUGCUGAUCCGGCACGACGAGUCCACGCGGGAGCUGGAGUACCGGCAGCUGCACACGCUGCAGAAGCUGCGCAUGGACCUGAUCCGCCUGCAGCACCAGACUGAGCUCGAGAACCAGCUGGAGUACAACAAGCGGCGCGAGCGGGAGCUGCACAGGAAGCACUUCAUGGAGCUCCGGCAGCAACCAAAGAACCUGAAGGCUAUGGAAAUGCAGAUCAAAAAGCAGUUCCAGGACACAUGCAAAGUGCAAACUAAGCAGUACAAAGCACUGAAGAAUCACCAGCUGGAAGUAACUCCAAAGAGUGAGCACAAGACAAUUCUGAAGAGCCUGAAGGAUGAGCAGACACGGAAGCUCGCCAUCCUGGCCGAGCAGUACGAGCAGAGCAUCAAUGAGAUGAUGGCCUCGCAGGCGCUCCGGCUGGACGAGGCCCAGGAAGCAGAAUGCCAAGCCCUGAGACUGCAACUCCAGCAGGAGAUGGAGCUGCUCAACGCCUACCAGAGCAAAAUAAAGAUGCAGACAGAAGCACAGCAUGAAAGGGAACUCCAGAAGCUGGAGCAACGGGUGUCGCUGCGCAGGGCACACCUGGAACAGAAGAUCGAGGAGGAGCUCGCCGCCCUGCAGAAGGAACGCAGCGAGAGGAUCAAGUUCCUGUUGGAAAGGCAGGAGCGAGAGAUUGAGACGUUUGACAUGGAGAGCCUGCGGAUGGGCUUUGGGAAUUUGGUCACAUUAGAAUAUCCCAAGGAGGACUAUAGAUGAGGUUAAAUUUCUUUGCCAUUUAAAAACAAAACAAAACAAAAAAAAACAAAACAAAAACCACAGAAAGCAAACCAAGUAAGGAUAAAACUUGCAAACCCAACAUUCCCCAUGUUGACGGGCGUGCUCUCUCUCUUUCUGUCUCUCUUACUGACAUCGUGUCGGACCAGUGCCUGUAUAUUCUUAUCCAUCAGGGGCCCCUUUCCCCCGUCACGUCCCGGUGCAGGACAGCUCCUGGCAGUCUUUUCCAUAGUAUGUCACAGUAUUGAUGUCUCUGUGCAAUGAUUAAAAAUGUUUCAGUGAAAACUUUGGAGACAAUUUUAAUGGAGAAAAAAAAAUAUAUAUAAAAAAAAAAAGCCACCAAGUGGAUGUAUGUUGCUUCUAAGCAAUCACUCAUUUUACCACCAAUCAAUGAAAGUACAAGCAAAAAAAUAUUAAUAAUUAAAAGAUAUCUACGAUCCCAGGGGGAGAGAGACUGAAUCCGCAGCCUUACCUUAACUAGCUGCUGCAUAAUUUUAUUUUAUUUUUAUUUUUUUGGUAUUUAUUCAUCAGGAAUAAUUAAAUAAUAAAAAAAAGUUUUAUUAAAGAUUGAAAAAAAAAUUUGAUACAUUUUACAGAAAAAAAAACUUAAUCGUGCUGUACAUAUCAGUGGUGACAUAUUAUUACUUUUUUGGGGUGGGGAGGGGAGGGUGACGACGUGGUGAUUUUUAGGAGAACCAUGCCAGGGGCAGCAGGGACAAGCCCUGGCCCCUGGGCAUAUUCUUGAUUGUAUCAUAAAUCAUUUUCUGCUGUCGCAGAGAAUGUGAAUACACUUAAAUGAGCCCACAGGAUCCCAGUAGCACAAAUUGGGCUUUGUCAAAUCGUGUAUUUUGUGUAUAGAAGGAAUUUAAGGAGAGCUUUUACUUAUUUUCAUAUUGUAUUUUAACUGUUUCUCUGAUCAAAAAUUUUUUUACUUCUUUCCCCCCCUCCCUUCCUGCUCCAGCCACCCCCCACUCUCCAGUUCUGUUCUGGAGCUCAACACUGUCUGUUAGAUCAUCCCAGCCCUUUUCAGUUUUUCUUUUAUUUGGUUUUUUUUGGGGGGUUUUUUUUUGUUCCUCCCCCAAGUCCACCCCCAACCCCAUGAUCUUGGUCAUAAAUAUUGCAUUAUUCACACUUUCAAACUGUGUAUUUUCUUACAAUAAAAAGAGAAAAAAAAAAGGCUUUACUUCUUUUGCAUGCACUUUAAAAAAAAAACCAACAAAAAAAAAAGGACAAAAAAACCAACAAAACAACAAAAACAUUUUUCAGGUUCCAGGGAAGAGCAUGAAUAACUGUCAGAGCUUUUAAUUAUAUUUGUAAAUAAAAGUGUUCAUCACAA